CCGGCCGGCUGAGUGCUAGCUCCCCGGCCGCGUGGAGGACGGUCACGUGUCUGCCAGGUGCGGCUCGACCCCCGAGCACCGGUGCUCUCUCCCCGGCUGCCCUGCUGGCCCUUGGUUUGCACAGCUUUUGCCCGAGCCUGGAGACUUAGUGAGCAGCAUCUGCUCGUUCUCCUCCUGUGACUAGUUUUAAUGGCGGGGAAUAAAGGAAGAGGACGUGCUGCCUAUACCUUUAAUAUAGAGGCUGUUGGCUUUGGCCGAGGGGAAAAGCUACCUGAUGUCGUGUUGAAGCCACCCCCGCUGUUUCCUGAUACAGAUUAUAAGCCAGUGCCUCUGAAAACAGGAGAGAGUGAAGAUUACAUGCUGGCUUUGAAACAGGAAUUGAGAGAAACAAUGAAGAGAAAGCCUUAUUUUAUUGAAAAAUCUGAAGAAAAACCAGAUAUUGAAAGGUACAGUAAAAAAUAUAUGCAGGUGUACAAAGAAGAGUGGAUACCAGAUUGGAGAAGACUCCCAAGAGAGAUGAUGCCGAGGAAAAAGUGCAGAAAAGCAGGCCCAAAAUUGAAAAAUGCAAAAGGUACAGACAAAGGUUCUUCGCUCAUUAAUACUGCAGAUAUAUUGAAAAAAAUUGAGGAAUUGGAAAAGAGGGGUGAAGGUGAAAAAUCCGAUGAGGAAAACGAAGAGACAGAAGGAAGCAAAGAAAAAAAUAAGGACGGUGAUGACGAUAAUGAUGAUGACAACGCAGAGCAGGAAGACUACGACGAAGAAGAGCAAGAAGAGGAAAAUGACUACAUCAAUUCGUACUUUGAAGACGGAGAUGAUUUUGGUGCUGACAGCGAUGACAACAUGGAUGAAGCAACCUAUUAGCCAUGAAAUUGCUUGAAAUGGUUUUUAUAAUUCAGCUUCUGAGUAUCUGGAAUACUUGAUUUGUUUCAUGUCAUAAGGAAUGAGUACCUGUUUUAUUUUUGUCCCUAUCUCACUGGACAAAUACUUGUUACCAAAAUAUGUAAAUCCACUUUGAGUUUACACAGCAGUUACCUUCUGUAGCAGUCUCUGUUCCCACAGACCUCCCACGUUCCUCUGAGGCCCCGCUGUGUCUGCUAGUGGAUGUUUGAAAAAUCUGUGUUCGAAUGUGCCUAACGAGCUUUUGCAUCUUUUAAUCUAUGGAUCCAUACUUGAACAAAUUAUUUUUCUGUAACGGCUGAUCUUUUCUAAACGUUAUGAGUCAUAGUGUCUUUCUAUAAUGUAAAAGUUGACAAUCCAGCACAUGCAGCACUUUAAAAACAAACUGAACAUUAUUUUUAUGUGGAAUGUACUGUACCACUCACUACCUUAGGACUACAGAAACAUACCUGGCCUCUCACAAAUGCAAAUUUAAGGGAUUAAAAGUUUUGUGAUCAAAAAACAUGCACACAGGGAAAGAUGUCCACGUGGAAAUAUGCGUUUCACAGUCCACGUCCGUGUUGGAUGAACAUAAUUGGGGCUACUUCAGAACACAGUAUGUGAUCUCACUAUAGUAAGUUUGACAUCUUCAAAUAGUUGAGUUUAUGAAAAACUAGACUCAGGCAUCUUGUUUGAUGUUGUGCUUUGUAGAAGUGUGGAGUAAGUUCCAGUUACAUCGGUUUCACAGCAGCAGUGCAAGCCUGGUGAAGGCUGGAGGCCUCUGUGUGUCUCAGGCCUCACACGCUCUACAGCUGGUUCUAUAACAAAGCAGAAUGAACUCAGGUCAUUUUGAAAUUAAGAUUAAUCCUUUCUAGCUCCCCUUCCACUUCAUGAUUUGGGGAGAAGAUACCUAGAAACCUCAGCCUCCAUUGUACUAAAAAUGCCAAAGAUUUUUAAGAAAAUUCACGUAUUUCAAAAACAACAUAUUAAUAUCAAACACCAAAAUGUAUUUUUCUCUUUGGGAAAAUAUCAUCCAUUUUCCUGAGCACCAGAGCCCUAAAUUCUAUUUCUGCCCAUAUUAGAUUCAGCCUUGAAACUGCACAUGGUUAAGUUUCUGUACCUUAGUUUCUCUAUGUUAAGCAGUUUCCUAUAAGGUUUUUUAAGUAUCAGAAUUUCACUUUAUGUAUAAUUCUCUUAGCCUUUAGGAAUUAGCAGGUCUUAAAUUUGGUUCUUACCUUCAAUCAUAGCUGUCACUGAAAUGUUUUAAACUUGUUUUCCUCAUAAAAUACAUUAUUGUCAUCAGAUUUUUCCCAUCUUGUUAUUUGUAGGGAAAAUUUGCAUUGUCCUGUGUGAUUCUGCAACAUGACUGUCUCAGGAAAAAGAUCACUAAAUGACAAUACUUCCUCAGAUAAUUCAAGAUGGGUCAGAGCCCCAUCUUCCUAGUGCUAUAUUCGCUAUAUAUGGGACUCCUUGUUUAAAGGAGCUUGUCAGACUUGACUAAAUUGAAACAAAGUUUUCAAGCUGCAGUCUACUCAGAAUAGAAACUUCACAUGAAAGUUUGUAGUAAUAAUAGCAGAGCUGUCAUUUGGGAAUGAUAAUAUAGUUGUUUUAUUCUUAAGGCUCCUUUGGUGCCACAGCCAAGUACUACCAUUUAGUUCACAGCAGUUGUAUCUCUACACUGGUUUUUUGCAUUAUUACAACUCUGCCGAUAACUGCUUGACUCAGGCGAAUACACAGAAGUUACUUCUUUUCCUAAUUUUAAUCCACCUUCACUGGGAAGUCUUGCCAAUUGUGGGGCAGUCCCUUCGGGCAUUUACCCUAGGAGGCCCCAAUGACGUGUAUUCUUUCUCCUUUUGGAAGGUAUUUCUGUAAUUUUAAAGUAUGUAAAUUGUGAGGAUAGAACCUGAAGGUUGUUUUACCAGCAUAAACCCUAUUUUCCUGGCUUAUAAUCUGACACUGUGAAGUUACUCCAUUGGAAAGUAAAGUAUUUUGCAGCAGAGGCUUCUUUAUAUAUACAAAAGAACUUACUGGUAAAGCAUCUUUAAAAUUAUUAAAAUAAACUGAUUGCUAUAA